UUUGCACCUGAUCGAACGCAGACGAACGGACGCGACGAUCUCGAAAAUUUUGCUAUUUGGAGGCUAAAAUUAAUCAUUUGCAAUGGCUUCGGCAAACAAAUUUGUUACUUUGUUCAACGGUAAUAAGAUGCCCAUCUUAGGACUGGGAACAUGGCUGUCCAAGCCAGGUCAAGUUGAAGCGGCAGUGAAAGCAGCCAUUGAUUGCGGGUAUCGACACAUUGACUGUGCUCACGUCUACGGCAAUGAGGUUGAGGUGGGGGCGGGACUCAAAGAGAAAUUUGAUGCAAACGUCGUCAAGAGAGAAGAUAUCUUCAUCACCAGUAAGCUAUGGAACAAUAAACAUCACCCAGACGAUGUAGAGGAAGCCUGUGACAUUACCCUCAAGAACCUUCAACUCAGUUAUGUCGACUUAUACCUCAUGCAUUGGCCGAUGGCAUACCAGAGAGGCACAAAUGAUUUUCCCAAAGAUGAUAAAGGCCAGUUCAUCCCUGAAGAUGUAGACUAUGUGGAUACAUAUCUGGCAAUGGAGAAACUGGUAACAAGUGGAAAGUGCAAAGCUAUAGGACUGUCCAACUUCUCCAUGAAGAUGAUGAAACGUGUUAUUGAGAAGGCCACAAUCCAGCCUGCUAACCUACAGGUUGAACUGCAUCCCCUGCUUACUCAGGAAAAGCUGAUUGAAUUUUGCAAGGAGCAUAACAUGACGGUAACAGCUUACAGCCCUCUAGGUGCACCUGAUAGACCAUGGGUUAAGGAUGAUGAUCCUAAACUGAUGGAGGAUCCUAUUGUUACUGGCAUCGCUACUAAGAAGGGCAAGAGCCCCGCCCAAAUUCUCAUCAGGUUUUGUCUUGAGAGGGGGAUCAUCUGCAUCCCAAAGAGUGUCACCCCUAGUCGUAUACAGGCUAACUUUGAGGCGCUCAACUUUGAGCUUGAUCCUGAGGACCUUAAGACUCUGUUGGCCAUGAAUAUUGGGUACCGUGGCUGUCUUCUGGACUGGGUAAAUCACCCGCAGCAUCCCUUCCUUGGUCCAGAGAAGGAUGAUUAAUGGAAUCAAGCUCAAUAUGCGUUCUCUCUCUGAUGAGAAGAUACAUCUAAUGUUCUUAAUAAGUUUAGUACAAUUUGAUUAAAAAUCAUGUUUCUAGAAAAUAUGGUAUGAAUUAGAAUGUGAUUCUAGUGCUAACAUUUUAAUGGAUAUAUACUUGUCAUUAAGAAUUGAUGUUUGUUUAUGUUUUUUUCCCUUCUUGUAGAGAAAACUUGAUAAAGACUUGAGUUUCUUGCCAUCUGAUUUUCCAGACUUUGUGCAGCUUUUUUUUUUAAAACUUCUUUCUGAGUGCUGUUAAACUUGAAACUUUCACAUUCACAAAGUUUGCAAAUGGUUCAGAUUUGUUAAAAGUUUUAUCUGUUAACUGAGCAAUGUGAAAAAUACAGUAUACAGAAACGUCAAAGGCUCAUACGUGGUACAAUAUGUACCAUUGCUUUUGAUUUUUAUCCAGAGAACGUCACAAAUUGAAUGGGAUGUUAUGAUAAUAGAAGGUGAUAUGAUGAUAUGAUAUUUGUGUAAUUCAAUGUCAUACCAUGGUAUAUAAAAUAGUGUGUGAACAGUAGUGGUAUGAUGGCCAUUACAAUUUUUUGUUUUUAAAUAUUUUCACAAAUUGUCUAUGUCUUUCCUCUCACUUAAAAAUUAUUUGAUAAUGUUAUUAUACCUAUAUGGUCUGUAUAAGAACUCAAAUCUUUCACUAAUGUUCACUAUCAUGUCUUCACAUAAAUGAUUUGUAGGGGAUUUGAAAAUAUUAUUGGACUUUUGUUGUCACUUCUCUUUAGUUAUCGUAUCUCAGUCUUUAUGUCUUGAGGUGAUUUUAAAUACAAUUUGAUUCAAAUCCUGUUAACAGACAUAGUAUUAUGCAAGGUAUCAGAUGUGCAGAAACACAACCAUCUUGCCAUAUUUAUAAACAACUUUAUGCCUCGAUUCAACCUGGCAGAAUUUUACUUCAUAUUUCUACCUAACUACCCUACUGCUGCAUUGCAAUUGCAAAAUGGCAUAUCUUUACUUUGUUAGAAGUUUAAUCUACAGAGAUCAUUUCUAAUGUAUAUCAUCAGAGUUGUCUAUUAAUGAAGAGGAUUUUUGUUGAUUUGAUCAAAAGAUGCAAGGUACAUUAUCAUUUCAUAUAACAACCGUAGCUAUAUGUAUUUAAAUACUGAUGAUUGUUUAAAUACGACACCAGUUUUGGGUUGUCAAUAUCAGUGAGUUUACAUAGGGGUCCUGGGGGUCAUUCAGGGCAUGCUCAACAGUCUGAAUUUGACCACAUGGACACAGGUCAGAGUCUUUGAGACCCCAGAGCCUCAUGCUUGCUCCUUGCUAGAGUGGGGGCUGCUUUACAUCCUUGCCGCCCACCCUGUAUAGCUAGCAAAAUCUGCUGUGAUCGGUCAACCAUAGUCGGCUAUAGAUGAUUUUAUCUCUGCCCAUUGUUGUACUAGGGCAAAAUACAUCAUUCUACCAUUCACGUUCAUGAAUUUCAACUAUGCAAAACAUUUUUUUUCUUCACUUCUUCACACACAAAAAAAAAACUUGGAACAAUUUUUUUCUUUCUUCCAAUGUAAACGAUUCGCGAAGUGUUCUAUUUAUAUGUAUAGAUACAUUGAAAAGCUUUUGAGUAGGAAACUGAAUUAAAAAUUUUCCCUAUCUUCAUUUUAUGUUUUUAUAUAAAAGAUCAUGCCCAAAUACAAGAUAUGCAUAUUUUAUUUAGUUUUUAUUUUCUUUAAUAAUAUCAUAGUACUUACAGAUUUGCAAAUUGUUUGUUGAUUUCAGAAUCUAUGUUAUCCUAAAGAUCACUUAUGAAAGAGUAUUAUUAUUCAUUUGAUGAUAUAAAUGAAUUUGUACUAAGAGGCACCAAAGCAGCUAAUCGUUAUCAUGUUUUUCUCCAUAAAGGUGCAAUUCUUUGUUGAGAAUCUGUAUCUCCUAUUUCUAGUUUAGAUAAAACACUGUCAAGUCUAUACUAAUAUUCUGCCAUUUACUAUGAUACGUGUGGGAUAUGAAACACUACCAUUAAACCAAUAGAGUUUGUGUUAUUCUGAUGAGAAUGAAUAAAUCAAGUAAUAUAUAAAACAAAA